AGUUGAUGAACUCAUCUCUUUAUUCCCGUCCAGUCUCAGCUCCCUGCGCCCAUGUUUUGAGCCCGCUGCAGUUGGAGACAGUUCACCAUGUCCACCGGGUCUCUCAGCGAUGUCGACGACGAGCUCCUGGACGGCAUCCUCAAGUUUGGCUCCUCCGGCAAAGACUCCAACGAGAGUACGGAAGAGAGCUCCAACUGUGAGGGCACAUGCGCCAACGACGCGCCGGGAAAGAAACGGAAGACUGCGUCCCGGAAAACGGCGCCCAAGGGUGUGGCACAGCAGGAGGGCAAGCAUGUGCAAAGGAACGCGGCCAACGCGCGCGAGAGAGCCAGGAUGCGCGUGCUGUCCAAAGCUUUCUCCCGGCUGAAGACCACCUUACCCUGGGUACCGGCCGACACCAAGCUCUCCAAACUGGACACUCUGCGCUUGGCAUCCAGCUACAUCGCGCACCUCCGGCAGAUACUGGCCAACGACAAAUAUGAAAACGGAUAUAUCCACCCCGUUAACCUGGUAAGACUUCUACUCAAAGUUUAUAUACGUUACAGAAAAAAAAUCUGCGUAUGGUUUUAAAGUUCUGAAAAUGCAUGCCGAAUUGAAUUUCGUUAGAUUCACUAUGUGCUAAAUAUAAUUUCAACCCCUGCUUGUUUUUAUUUAAGGUUACACCACUGAAAUUUUUAGAUUUAUUAGGAUUUUAAACAGGUCUUCUGGUAGGCCUCAUGCCUGCUACCAAGGUGACAGAUGAGGGUAAUAGCUUUAUGCAGCAGGUGCACGAGAGGGUAAAAACAGCAAUUUCUCAUUAUGCCGACUGUUUUUUAGGCAAAACUAAAAACAAACAAACAAAAAACAACUGAAAAAUAUCACCUUUUGUUAAGUAUUAUGCUGUGAUCACAAAUUAUGUAGGCCUGGGCCUGAUGCAGCAGGAAACUUUGUCCUUAAAAGUUUAAACGAAAAUAGCUUAAAUAAUUGUGCUAUAUAUAAAAU